AUGUUUUAUUGUUUCUUUUUUCUUUCUUUCUUUAUUUUAGUUUUUUUAAAAAUUUUUUAUUUUUUUUCUUUUCUUUCUUUCUUUCUUUCAUUUUUUUUUAAAUUUUUCUUAUCUAAGAAAACUUUUUCUUUUCUUUUUUCUUUUUUACAAUUGGAAAAAUUCAUUACCCCUUUAUUACAUACUUUGAAAUUUCUUUUUUUACCAUCUUUAUUUUUAAUUAUAUUAUUUUUUUCUCCUUUUUCUUUACAGUUUAAUUUUUCUUAUUUAUUCUUUUUAUUUUUUAUCUUUCUUUCAAUAAAAUUUUCUUUGCUAAUAUUGCUUUAUUUUCUUUUUUUAAAUUUUUCAUAUACUAUGCAUUCUUUAUUUGGUUCUUAUUCUUUCUUUGUAAAAUUUCUUUUUUGCUUAUGCAUUACUAAAUUUCCAUUUUGUUCCUUUUUCUUUUCUUUUUUUUUUUUUUCUUUGAUUACUGUCCAUCUUCAUAAAUAUUCAACUUUAUUCUGCAUUUCUAUUAAUUUUCUUUCAUUAAAUGCUUUUUUCAUUUCUUUCUUUCUUUUCUUUCCAUGCCUUAUCUUUCUUUAUUUGAUAAUUUUUGUUCUUUUUUUUUUUUUUUCCGGUUUCGUCUUUCAUUUUUGA